AUGCAAGAAGCAUUAGUCCUCCUGAUGCUCAUCAUCUUCCCAGUGAAAGUAGCGUCGUCGUCAGCCACCCCAUCUGAGCCUACCCUGUCACUGCCGGGGUGUCCCGACAAGUGUGGCGACGUGACCAUCCCUUACCCCUUCGGCAUCGGCGAUGGCUGUGCAGCGAUAAGUUUCAACCCCAGCUUUGCUGUGACCUGCAACAGCACCUUCCAGCCACCACGGCCUAUGAUCUAUGCCCCUGCCAGUGCCGACAGCAACACUUCAACACCAAUGGAGGUCAUCAACAUCUCCCUGGAGCGUGGCGAGGUGAGCAUCUAUGCCCCUGUCGGCUACAAAUGCUUCAAGGCAAACACCAACACUUUGGACAACUACACCGGUGAGUUUAGCCUGGAAGGCACACCGCUCAUCCUCUCAACCACACGAAACCGCUUCGUGGUCAUUGGCUGCAGCGCCCUGGGGCUCAUCGGAUCCAGCAACCCUGACUUUUCUGUGGCUGGAUGCUUCUCAUACUGCGAGGGCCUCAACCAGACAUCAGAUGGAGCACCGUGCAGUGGGAAGGGGUGCUGCGAGACCACUAUCUCCCCCAACUUUACUGCCUUCCAGGCGGUGGUGGCCAAUGUUACCUUGUUACCGAGCUUCAACCCAUGCAUAUACGCGAUGCUUGUCCAGGUUGGGUGGUACAGCUUCAGGAGACAGGACCUUGUUGGGCACCUUGGGUUCAUAAGCGAAAGAGCCACCAGAGGUGUACCAGUCCUCAGUGAUUGGGCCAUUAGAAAUGGCUCCUGUCCAAAAGAAGGGGCAAUGGCGCCUCAAGAUUAUGCUUGUAUCAGUACAAACAGUUACUGUAUGAAUGCAAGCAAUGGGCCAGGGUACCUGUGUAGCUGCUCCAAAGGUUACAAGGGAAAUCCUUAUCUUCGUGAAGGCUGCCAAGAUAUAAAUGAGUGCGAGAUGCGUAAACAAGACCCAAAGUACAGUGCAUUAUAUCCAUGCAAAAAAGGGGUCUGUAUCAAUACUCCAGGAGGUUAUAUAUGCAGAUGCAGGAUAGGGACAAGAUCAGAUGGUACAAAUUCUGGAUGCCAGCCUGUUCUUAGCCAGUCCGAACAAGUGAUUAUAGUUAUGAAAUUACAACGGAGAAAGCACAGAAAGGAGAAGGAUGAAUACUUCAAACAAAAUGGAGGCCUAAGGUUAUAUGACGAAAUGAGAUCAAGACAGGUUGAUACUAUUCUUAUACUUACUGAGACAGAGAUUCAGCAAGCCACAGAGAACUAUAGCGACGAUCGUGUUCUUGGAUGUGGUGGUCAUGGAACAGUCUAUAGAGGAAUUCUAGAUGAUGGAAAAGAAGUUGCCAUAAAGAAGUCCAAAGUAAUAGAUGAUGGUUGCCGAGAAGAAUUUGUGAACGAGAUAAUAAUACUGUCACAAAUCAAUCACAGGAACAUUGUCAAGUUACUUGGGUGUUGCUUGGAGGUAGAUGUACCGAUGUUGGUGUAUGAGUUCAUUUCUAGUGGUACCCUCUUUGAGUUCCUUCAUGAAAAUGACCAAAGAUUAUCAGCCCCAUUGGAUCUUAGGUUGAAGAUUGCUACACAAUCGGCAGAAGCUCUUGCUUAUAUUCAUUCAUCAACUUCUCGUACAAUUCUCCAUGGUGAUGUCAAAUCCCUCAAUAUACUCCUGGAUAAUGAAUACAAUGCAAAAGUUUCAGACUUUGGAGCUUCAGCACUGAAGCCCAUGGACAAAAAUGAUUUCAUUAUGCUUAUCCAAGGAACUCUUGGCUAUCUUGACCCUGAGACUUUUGUCAGUCACCAUCUAACUGACAAGAGUGAUGUCUACAGCUUUGGAGUUGUUCUUUUAGAGCUAAUUACAAGAAAGAGGGCUAUAUACAUCGACAAUCAUAAUGAAAAGAAAUCACUAUCUCAUACUUUCAUACUAAUGUUCCACCAAAAUGAGCUCCGGGAUAUCUUGGACAGUGAAAUAGUAGAUAAUGAGGUUAUGGUUGUACUCGAGAAACUAGCAGAUCUCAUCAUGCACUGCCUGAGUCCAAGAGGAGAUGAGAGGCCAACAAUGAAGGAAGUUGCCGAGCACCUACAAAUGCUGAGGAGACUCCAGAUGCAGCUAGUCACAAAAACAAACCCUAUCAGAGCUCAUUACUCUUAUGGAGGACCAGCGACAACUGUCACUUCAGGACACGGAGACAGCCAAUCUGGUGUUGGAUGUUGA